AUGCGCAAAACAGUCCCCUGUCAGGGAUGCCGCAAUCGGCAUGUGAAAUGCGAUGAAAAGAAACCGACAUGUACCCGGUGCAAGCGGUCGGGCUCCUCGUGUGUCUGGCCGACUGUCCCGUUGGGGUUCCGUCAUGGCUCAAGUGCCCGAUAUGACGCCGAUUUUGCCGAUGAUCAGGUCUGGGUGCCGAUCGCUUCGGACUAUAAAUAUGUCGAUGAAACGGCCGAUGUUGCCCGGGAGUACUCGUUGGAGCUGGAUGAAGUCACUCCAUGGGAGUUAGAGCCGUAUGAUGUUUCUGCGACAGAGAAUGUCACGAAGGAGCCUGGUAUCGCGAACGACACAGGGUCAUAUUCAUCGGGUCACUGGGUUCCACAGCAGACCGAAAGAACCCCAUCAGACCUUCAUCUAUCACCCAACAGCUACUCUAUCUCCCCGGUAUCUGUGCAGGCUCAGCUUUCUCAGAUUUCCCCUGGCAGUCAUACACUACCUACUUCACAUAACGUCCUCGCCACGGAGACUGGGUUGGCCAAUUUAAAUGAGCAUGAAGCGUGUUUGAUGCGCUACUUUGUAGUGGAGCUUGGUCAUUGGUUUGAUAUAUGUGAUGGACAAAGACAUUUUGCGUGUACCGUCCCAGUACGAGCACUGACAUGUCCACCUUUACUCAACGCCAUCUUCACCGUCUCAGCAAGGCACUUGAUUAAAUCGAAAAAAUACUAUGUCGGCAAUCAAGUGAGAUACGGGGGCAAAUACCUACCGGGCCUAACAUCAGCGACCGCCAUUGAGUACCACAAUCGAUGCAUUUCAUACUUCGUCUCUCUAGACCACUCCCUCGAAGCCGAGGAUGAAAGUCUUCUAGCAGCAGCCGUCAUCCUACGAUUCUACGAGGAAGUAGACCUCCCCUCAAUGGGCGAAGACACCGAGUCCGGCCUCCGCGGAAUCCAGGUCUUCCUGGACGCCCAAGCCAUCCCAGCAGUAUCAGGAACGGGUCUUCGACACGCAGCGUACUGGGUCGCCAUCCGCCAAGAAAUCAUCACAGCCUUCUCCAAACAACGCCCCUUCCGCCUCCCCCUCGGCCCCUGCGAACCAUAUCGCAGUUUUGAGCCCGCAGACGACUACAUCUGGGCCGACCGAAUCGUCAUCCACUGCGCAGACGUCCUCCAAUUCUGCUUCGGCUCAGAAGAAAAGCCCCAACCCCACGACCAACCGUUCCCAUCCUCAGAAUCCCGAAUCGCCCGCUACGAUGCCCUAAUCGCCUUCGAAUCCCUCUGGGAAGAACUCGGUCCCGCCUCCUUCAACCCGGUGUACGCCCGCGACCCGGAUCCCGCACGCGGCGAGGUCUUCCCGGAACUAUGGUACUUGAACAACUGCCACGUCGCGGGGCUGCAGCAUCUCGAGCUAGCGCGGAUCUUGCUGGCAGUUUAUAAUCCGCGAUUACCGCGGCUCGGGCCUGGGCAGAGGGCUGCGAUGCGUAGUGUCGAUAAGCAGGUGAGGAGUAUUGUGUUGAGACUUUGUGGGAUUGCGAUGUCGAAUUUGCAUACUCCGCCUGGGCUGGUUACCACCAGUGCUGCUAUUGGGAUGUGUGGGGAUCGGUUUGUUGAGAGGGUGGAGCAGGAGGCGCUUUUCGGGGCUCUUGUAAAAUUGGAGGACGAGUACGGGUAUCCUACCCAUAAUGUCCGAGCGCAGUUGGAGGAUGCUUGGGGGUGGAAUGGUUAG